AUUUGGCUGUGAACGCUUUCCUCAUACUCUCUAAAACAAUAUAGUAUAUUUUUUUUAUGGCGGAAAUGGAUAUUAAUGGGCAAGUCGAAGAGGCUGCAAGGCGUGUACAGGUCCGGUUCGUAACGAAGUUGAAACCCCCAUUUAAGGCCCCGCCUACUUCCAUUGCUAUUCCCUCCAACCUCACUCGAUUGGGCCUCUCUUCCAUUGUCAACAACCUCCUUAAAGCUGGAAAGGAUGAUUGGAAUCCCGAGCCUUUCGAUUUUCUCAUUGAUGGAGAACUGGUUCGCAUGUCACUUGAAGAGUUUCUCCUUGCCAAGGGCAUUUCAGCUGAGAAAAUAUUAGAGAUUGAGUACAUUAGAGCUGUGGCUCCAAGAAAACAAGAAGAACCAUCUUUGCAUGACGACUGGGUCAGUGCAGUUGAUGGUUCUAAUUCUAAGUUUGUUUUGACUGGAUGUUAUGAUGGCUUAGGAAGAAUAUGGAAGGCUGCCGGAUCUUGUACACAUCUAUUGGAGGGCCAUACUGGGGCAGUUACUUCUGUUUGUGUUGUCAACCCAAGAGUGGCUCAAGAUGGUGCUGAUCAAAUAGUCGCUACGGCUUCCAAGGAUAGGACACUGCGGCUCUGGAAGUUUGAUGCAGAUGAGCCUUCAGAUCAGAUAAAGAGGAUUAGAGCCUAUAAAAUUUUACAUGGACAUAAUGCUUCUGUUCAAAGUGUUGCAGCAAAUCCUGCUGGAGAUAUGGUGUGUUCAGGGUCCUGGGAUGGCCAAAUAGCUCUGUGGCAAGCAAGUGGCUCAGAUACAGGUGAUGUAGUUUCAGUGAAGAAAAGGAAGAAGGGUGCCGAAGAGGAGGAUCCUCAAGUAGAAGAGGAGGCUAAAUCUACACUUGUAGGACAUACACAAUGUGUGUCUACCGUGGUGUGGCCACAAGAUGAAGCAAUCUAUUCAGCAUCAUGGGAUCACUCUAUUAGAAGAUGGGAUGUUGAGUUGGGCAAGGAUUCAUUGAGCCUGUAUUGCGACAAAGUCAUUAAUUGCCUUGAUGUUGGAGGUGAAGGUUCUGCCCUCAUUGCUGCUGGUGGUUCUGACCCCAUUCUUAGGAUAUGGGAUCCUCGCAAACCAGGUACUGCGGCUCCUGUCUAUCAGUUCUCAUCGCACAGUUCUUGGAUAUCCACCUGCAAGUGGCAUGAAAAGUCACGGUUUCACUUGCUUUCUGCAUCGUAUGAUGGAAAAGUAAUGUUAUGGGACUUGAGAACUGCGUGGCCUCUUGCUGUCAUUGACACUCACAAUGACAAGGUACUGUGUGCGGAUUGGUGGAAAGGUGAAAGUGUAGUUAGUGGUGGGGCUGACUCGAAACUUUGCAUCUCUUCUGAUGUUUGUGUGUUGUGAUGUAGAGACUAAUGGUUGAUGUGUUUUACUAACCAACAUAUUUGAAGCACUCGAUCCCUUGAUUGAAAUGAUGGUAGCUGCGACAAUUGUUCACUUGGCUAAUUUUCUUUCAGGAUUGAUCUCCCCUCCCCUGUUGCAGAGGCGACUGUGCUCCAUAAGAAUGAUGCGAUUUUGCUAAUAGAAUUCAUUGGGUCAAAGCUGAAGUUGUGAUAAUUUACUUAAGAAAACAAUUUUGUCUGUGCUAACUAGAAAUGGUUUGUAUCAUAUAUUCCUGUGAGUUAGAGUGAAUUGAAGCUG